AUGAACAUCGAGGACACGUCUUUGGAUGCGAAGAAAAGAUUCAAAGCUCUUCUUGCAAAAAGAAAGAAACUGAGAAAACAGAUUCGAACCAUUGAAAGGGAAAUGUUUAGGCACGAGACUGUGUAUUUGGAAAUGACCCAGGGAUCUCCCCUUACAAAGAAUGUGGAAUAUUAUGUUUCAAACAGGGCAGAGAAGAAGAAGUAUAAUGUAGACGACAAAAUGAGAAUCUUUAAUAAAAACUUCCCCAGGACCGAUCGGUAG